AUGGUCCACCGCGCCGAGCUAGUGAACAUGGCCUGGGCCUUGGCCGCCCGCGAGCUGCGGGAGGCACCGAAGAUGGCGUGGAUCGCAGCGACCGUGCUGCCCGAGGUGGAGUUUCUCCAGGCCCACGAGCUCUCCAGCUUGGCCUGGGCCUAUGCUGACCUCGGCUUGCUCCACCGGCCGCUUCUGGGAGCUUUGGCUGCCUGUGCCCGAGAGAAGGAUCCCAAAACCUUGGCUGCUGUUCUCCUGGCGAUGAACCUCCUGAGCUGUGUCUCUGAAACUCUUUCGGUCGAGGCCGACGCAACGCCGAGCAGCUUGGCGAACCUCAUGGCGGCCCUGGCACUGCUCCGCGCGGCGGUCCCGCAGUAG